AUCUUCUGCGGAAGUCAAAAUUUAGUUUAGUACCUGCAUAUCUUUGUUUUGUUCCCAUUUACCUUAAUAGAUAGUUAUCGACUUGACUCUCACAGUUUAUAGCACGGAGUUUUCAGAAUACCAACUUGAAUAUUCCAGAAGGUGGAUAAAUAUGUUAUUUUCUUGAUUAUUUCCGGUGUUGCGAUCAGCUGUUGAUAGACCAAGGCCAAUCAACCAGAAAAGACGUGCAAUAUGGUCACUGAAAGAAACUCCCGUACGAAUUCGUCGCAGCAACCAAAUCGGAGAAAAUUUUGGUGCUGGUCUUCGUUAUCGAAAUCCAAGAUAUUCCGAACGGAAAUGCAUAUGAUGAUAGAUCAAGGUAGAGUGGUCCCCACAAAAUACAUAUCAGGUAUUAAAAGUUGCCUGACUUGUAUUAAAUUCAGUUUGCCUGUAAAGAUGAAAAAGGAACUGUUUGAACGUUUAUCACAGGAGACCACAGCGGCCAUUCUACCACCAUCCUCAUCGGUCAAGAGAAGUCUUGUUUCCAGCGACUCUCGCCAUAAUACGCCGACCAAACACACAAAAUUUCCAAAGUUGAAAAACAAUGUAUUUCUUGUUAGGGACAGACAAGGUCUAGGGAAUGUAAAUGACUCAAAUGCGAUUGAAAACAUCAAUUGUGCUAAUAAUGAGAACAAUAGCAAUGAUUGCCAAGUUGCUUUUAACAACCAUAUAAAUAAUGAGUUUCAAGUGAAUGAAAUGGCUAAUGCCAACAAAGAUGAAGAACAACAGGAAGAGCUGCUAAUAUCUCGUAAUAAUGUCAACAUUCAGCCUUUACAACCAAUACCAAAUUGCUGGCUUAAUGCAUAUAACAAUUCUCCAAAAAACAAUGUAGAGGAUGAAGAUAGUAAGAAAAGUGUUUUUCAUUGUGAUUCACCCAGCCCCAUGAAUCAAAUAGAUAGACGUAGUAAGGAUGAUGAGGUCAGUCCUUGCAAUGUGCCAAUUAGCAUGACGCCCUCUAAUGCAAGUGUAUCACCAGUAAAAUACAGGUCAACACCAAAUGUAAAACUUAAAACUUGCAUGACAUACUAUGGUUCCCAGUGUCGAUGGAUUAUGAUGCAUAUUAAAAAAAACUCGGACUACUUCAUAUUUUUACCAGAUCAUGUUGUCUCGAAAAUCUUUGGCUAUCUACCAACGUGGGAUUUGGCAUCUUUAAAGUGCACUUGCAAAGAUUUCAAGUGGGUUAUUGAGGAAUUCAACCUUGCCGGGAUUGACUCUAAAUGGUGCACCGAUCCAAAAUACCAGGAUGAUCCAUGUAUGCAAUGUGGUAAACUUAUUGACCCACGCGGAGAUGUGUCAUUGUGUAGAUGGCAUCCCAAGAUGUAUUACAAAAAUGGAUACAUUGGACGUUGCUACUGGAUGUGCUGUUUCAAACUAGAUGAAGAUGCGCUUGGAUGCAUAAUUGGUCUCCAUGACAAUAACUGGAUGAUGAGGAAGGAGAAACUAAAAAGAAUACCACGACGAACACAAAGAAAAUAUAUGCCAAAGAGAGAAAUAGACUAUAAUUAUGAACUGCUCAGUGAUUAACAUGUUAUAUUUUUUAUCUAUACAUAUAUAUAUAUAUAUCUAUAUUUCUAUAUACAUGUUUAUCAUAUUGAUAUACUACUGGUAUGGUGCUUUGUAAUGAUCUUUUGUUGAAUACCAUUCAUAUUAAUUUACAAUUUAAUAGGACCAUUAUAGUUGAAGACUUGGCCAUUGUACACAAUUUCUUUCAACUAAAAAUCAUUCCAGUAUUUGAGAAUUUGUGCAAAUUUUUUUAUAAAAAAUAUCUACAAGUACUUUUGCUCCCCCUAUGAAAUACUACCACCGUACUAUUCUCAUUUCAAUAGAGGCCUUUCCUGAUUUCACUUUAUGUAAAAUAUCCAUUGUAAAUAGAGAGACUGUUGAAUUUUGUUUAUGUGGACGUUCAACUUCAACCACUCAAGUAUUGUAGUUGUAUAUUUUUUUUUCUGGUCCUCAUGACUCGUUGGUGCACAGUAAAGUUGUACUGCACUGUCCAGAGGACAGUAGCUUACAAGCAGUUCCACUUCAUUGUAUCCCAGUAUUCAAAGAUCUUCCUAACUGGUUGUUUAUCCCAUCACUUUACAAUGCAAACCAUAUAUAGGUUGUACUUCUGCCACUUCUGCUUGAUUGAAUAUGAAUGCUCUAUUGUGCGGUUCACGCUAUUGUGUGUUAAUAUAAUUCUGGCAUUGUACAUUUUCAGAAUUUGUAAUUUCAUUCUGUUAUGUCACUUCUAUAGCCACUUUCCACAUGAGUGUAUAUAUUAGAGACCUGUUCAUGACAUGUUGUAUGUAACGGAGCUAUACAUUUAUAUGCAAGAAAAGUGAGAUGUAGAUCCAGCAUCUCUUGUGUGAAAACAGACCAAGCCUCACCACAUCAAAUUUUAUCUCUUAUAGAGAUGCAUAAUCAAAACCUGUUGACCUAUUGUCACCUCUAUUUAUUUCACUUUGGUUUGUUAGUUCCUGUUUGGUCACAGUUCGAAAACACCGUUUUGUGGAUUGACAUCUGCGUGUCUGUAUGGCCAUGCAUGCAUGCAUCCAGACCUGUAUCUUAGGCAUGCCUGGACCGAUUACAUUCAAACUUCACACUUACUGCAUACAUAAUAUUAUACAUAUGCUUGUCAAUUUGUUUCAUGAUAUGAUUUAAGAUGACUGAAUGGAAAUCGUUUUUGUGCUGAAAUAUCAUCAAAAUCAAGCAUUUCUGGCAUUCUGGAACCGGAUCUUGUGAACUAACCAUUGGUCUUGAGUUAUUUUCAUUACAAACAAAUCAUUUACUAGUAAGUGCAAAGAUGGUAAAAAUUGUUUUCAAUGCAAAGUCCAAAGUUUUGACAAUUAAGCUUACAAAUGCUAGAUUGUUGUGGUUUCUACUUAAGGGCAAAUUGUCUUAUAACCAUCGUAAUAAAUCUUAUGUACUUGUAUGUAAUUUGAAAAUUUUGUAUUUUUUACAAAUUUUAUUUCAGUGUUGAAGCCUGAUUUGCUAAUGUACUUCUGUCAAUAAAUAAAUAAGAAAUAUUAAUAUUGCUAAAAAAUAGUU